GAAAACGGCUUUUCUGCAGGUUCUGGGCGUCACAAUCAGCUGGCCAUUCAAUAAAUGGAUUGGUUUUAUGAAAGAAAAUUGUUAAAAGAUUUAAUUUAAUUACAAUAAACAAAAAUAUUUAAUUCUAAAAUAAUAACUUAACUACAAUUAGAAAAACCAUAAACAAAAUAAUAAAAAUAGUGGCAUUUUUAAACCACGGUACUGCUUACAUUUCUUGGCGCGUCUGUUUCAAUCCGCCAUAUUUGCCAAUCACGGUUUGACCUUGCGUUGUAACUCUGCGAUUUAGAGCCGCCAGUUAAUUAUGCACCGGAACACAAGAUCACAAGACAUUGUCAAUUUGUCUGCUCUGAAAAUGAAAACCUUUUACUCUCAGCUGGCACCAAUAGCAUCACCUCAGUGCUCAAUCUGUUCAGCUAUCGAGACAGUGCCAGGCAGCUGGACUAAUCUGUCAGCCUCCACUACGGCCCCGCUGCUGGCACGCCUGACAGCAGCACUGGGACGGCAGUGGGCAGCUGACCUCUGCUCCGCUACGCUGUGUCUGAGCUGCCUGCGUCAGCUGCAGGGGGUGGAACAGCUGCGGGGCCGCCACCAGCGGCUGGAGGCCUCCCUGGCCAGGGUCUGCAGGAAGGCAUCUGAUUCACUGGAUGCCUCAGCCACCUCCUGCAUAGCCUGUCAUUCUCUGCUCUCAGUGCAUGAUACUGCCAAUGCAUUCUGGGACAAGACACAGUUCAGCUCAACCUUGCUGGCUGAUAUUCUUGCAAAAUUUAUGACCAAGCCGCCGGAGCCGGGCUCGUCAGCGGGCAGCACGGUGUGUGGCCGCUGUGUGGCCAGACUGAACCAGCUGGACUUACUGGCUGUGAGGGCCGACCGGCGAGCGCGGGCGAUCGGCGGGCGGCUGCGGGCCGGCGCUGCUGCUGCUGCCGGUGCCAGGAGGCUUACUGGUCCAGCCGACUCGCAAGCACUGUCCGAGGAUCCGGCGGGCCACCUCACCCCUCUGGACGAAAUGCUUCUCCAAUUAACCGCCGACCACGAGGAGGAGGCUGGCCUGCUCUCGCCGUCACUGCCGCUACUGACGACAGGAGGUCCCGUGGCUGACCGGGGCUCGAGCCUUCUGAACAUCAGCGGUCGGCCAGACACGGGCGGUGAACUCGAGAAGGCUGGGAAGGGUGACGGCCUGAGAGGGGAAGGAUUGGACGAGUACGGUCGCAAUGACGGUGGGCUGGAAGGACCGGUGGAUGAUGGGGUUGGGGAAUUGCUUGGUGAUGCUCAGGCUGUUGAAGGGGCACCACAGAGUGAUAAUGGUAAUGGAAGGUGUGUGGCAGUUGGAAGUGGGAAAGCUAACAGUGAUUGGCAAGAUGAUAAGGAGAGCAAGGACUUUCGCCCCACAUCCAAGGUGGUGCGACCCUUCUCAUCUGCUGCUGCCGCCGCCUCCCAGCCACCAGACCGGCCUGUUCGCACCAUAUACGUCCAGUUGGUGGCCGGAGACGCCACGGGCGCUGCGGGACCGGCAGACGUGAACGAGGUCCGCGCCGCGCCUGCUACCGCCCCCGCCCCCGCCGCUGCUGCAACCGCCACCAAGAGCCGCCGUCCGGCCAAGAUCAAGGUGGAAGAAACGGUCCAGGUGGUCCGUUUGAGCCCUUCCGAUCGACUGGUUCCUCGGCCUCGGCCCUACCACCGAAAAUGUCCCAAACCGCCGACUGUUGAUAACUCCACUGAGGACGCCGACGACCCGUCGUCCGCUGACGGGCUGUCAAAGUCUAACGAUCCAUCAAGCGCUAAGGAUCGGCAGGCAGUUGGAGAGUCACCGGCGCCUCAGCCGCCGGUCAAACGCGGCAGAGGUCGUCCCAGGAAGACACAGCUGGAUGGGACACAGCGGACCUUCAGGGAGCUGCACAGGAAGUUACAGUAUAUGACGGCCAGAGCUGCCCUACCGAGCCAGGUGUCUGACCCGAUCGGCCCGCCGCCCGGACCGGACCACCCUCUCAGACCGGACGCAGAUGGACCGGCGGCCAGCGGGGAUACAGCUGUGAAGACAGAGCGGGAGGAGGGAGGGGAGCAGAGGCUGGAGGCGGAGGACAGAGGGGCGGAGCGGGACGGACAGGUCGUCGGGACGGUGUCCAGCGCGACGCUCGGGUGGCUGGGCCCGCCGGCCGAGCCCUCGCACGUCACCCACCGCCGCCGGCUGGCUGAGGCCAUGGAGCGCGUCAACAGUCGCAUAGCCGAGAAGCGUAUUCAGUCCUCCCGAUUUGCUGGAACAAAGGAGGACAGUGAGGACGAGAACGUGGAACCGAGAGAGGACGGUGAGGAGAUUGAGGAAGAAUUUGAGGAUGGAGAGGACACUGUGAAGGCAGAGCAGUCAGAAACCAGCGAGGAGUGGACCGUUUCGGUCCGCAGCCGGCGCGUGAACGGGCUCUACGUCUGCGAGGUGUGUCACGACUCGUUCGCGAUGCUACGGGAGCUGCUGAAACACGAGCGGACCCACACCGAGGCCAAGUUCCCCUGCCCGAUGUGUAACAGGUCGUUCACCCUGCCCAAACUGGUGCGGAGGCAUCAGAAGUUUCACAAGGUGCCCCGCGCCUACCAGUGCGGCGAGUGCGGCCUGCGCUGCCGCUCCCAGCUCGUUCUCCUCGACCACAUGCACACCCACACGGGCGGCGAGCACAUCUCCUGCGGCCAGUGCGGACAGACGUUCGCCAGCCGAGUGCGCUACCGCUCCCACCUGCGCGCGCACAAGGGCCGGCCGGGGCCGCCGCACUGCGCCGAGUGCCGGCUCAAGUUCGCCAACAAGGUGGCCCUGCAGCGCCACCAGCGGGACCAACACCCCGAGCCGCAGCUGAUCGCCUGUCCCGAGCCCGACUGCGAGCGACGCUUCGACUCGCAGAAGAGGCUGACGCACCACCUGUUGCAGCACUUGGCCGGGCCGCCCUGGCGCUGCAAGCUCUGUGAUAAGGAGUUCCGCUCCAAGUACUCUCUUAGGGACCAUGUGCGUACCCACUCCGGACAGAAACCGUUCGAGUGUGAGAUUUGCGCAAUGCGUUUCUCCCUACGCUCUAACCUAGCCAUGCACAUGCGGUACGUGCAUCAAAACGACCGCCGCUUCAAGUGCACGCUGUGCGGGAAGGGCUACAAGCGGCGCCAGCUGCUGCAGUACCACAUGCUCUCUCACGAGGGUGUGCGGCCUCUCAGCUGUCCGCACUGCCCCAUGAAGAUGAUCUACCCGCAACAUCUGAAGCUGCACCUGCAGACCCACUCUGGCGAGAAGCCGCACCGCUGUGACGUCUGCAGCAAGGCGUUCAGCAGGCGGGACAACCUGCGUGCCCACAUGUUCACACACAGCAACAAAAAACCGUUCGAGUGUCGCCAGUGUGGCAUGGGAUUCGUUAGAAAGAUGGCUCUGCUGCAGCACAUGGAGCACUUCAGUCACGGCGAGCACCCGGACGACUACGUCAUCAACCGCACCCUGGUGACCAGCGAGUCGGCGCCGGCCGGCGAGCAGGCCCACACCAUCGAGCUGCUCGACACCGCCGACGGACCGCUGGUCCUUCUCGUCGACUCCGACGGCAACCAGGAGGUGCUCGUUGCCGACGGACAGGCGGGCGACACGUCGACAACGGCGGCUCUGCGGUGCCUGACCUCCGCCGGGCGGCGGUUGGAUCUGAUCAUCGACGAGUCGGGCGCGGCGACGGUGCGCGGUGGGGAGGGGGACGGAGAUCAGCUGGUGCUGGCUGACGGUGCUGCGGCAGAUACGGUGGAUCUGAUACUGCAGGAGGCUGACGGGCAGCUGGUGCUGAGCGGGGAGGGCGCUGACGGUCAGCUGGUGCUGAGCGGGGACGGCGCUGACGGCCAGCUGGUGCUGAGCGGGGACGGCGCUGACGGUCAGCUGCUGCUGCAGGGGGCGGACGGAGACCAGGCCCUGCUGCUCCAGGAGGGAGUCGAGGACGGCGCGGUGCCCCACUGGGAACUGCCGGCGCCGCAGGGCGACCCGCUGGAGCUGCGGGCAGACGACGUUCGCGGAUAGCGCCGUGUAGUCUCCGCAGGUACUGCUACUGUCGCCGCCACUGGUCAAGGGCGGCUGUUGUCGGCUGUGCUGCGAUAGAUGUGUGCGAAUGUCCCAGAGUCCACCUACUCUCAGCUCCACUUUGCGAGUCAAUGCAGCUCUAAACAUCAAGCUAAUGAUACGGUCAUGAGUGGUUUUACUGUGUGCCUAUCUGUGGCAUGCCGACUUCACGGCUGGGAAUCGUUAUCGUUAUUGAUAUGAAUGUGCCGAAUCAGGGGAUUUUGUAUCAGUGACGUUAAAGGCUGUGCUUUGGCAAGUUCUUUUUGCAAGCUGAGAAGCUUUCUGAGCCGAUGCGUAGCACUGUUUGCUCCGAUAAAUGGAGCGAACCGUUUGGCCGGGAACUGUAUGGAACGUUCCUGUAUGGAUCUGGUUGUCUCAUGAAUGAUGCCGAAUAUAAACAACAGGGUAAGAGUAA